AUGAAAAGAAUUACAAGAACAUCUGGGGAUAGAGUUCUAAGAUCAGGGAAACGAUUCUUUACCACUCGAUCUUUAGACGAUGUACAGCGCGUGAGAUUCACAUCUUCUGAUGUUAAUGUUGUAAGUAUUCAGGAAACCAAGAAAAAUAUUCUUGAUAAUUGUUUGGAAAUUAAAGUUGAAAAAAAUAAUCAGGAUAUUGAUUUUGAAUGUGAUGGUGUUUUGGGAACUACUGAUGAGAAUAAAGAGGAUUUGAAUUUUGGGGAAUUUGGAAUAGAUAAGGGUAUUUCGGGAAUUAGUGUAAAAAGUCAGGAAGUUGAGAAUGUUUUAGAUUUCAAGAAAAUUAGUGAAGUUGUUGAUUGUGAUAAUGUGAGCAGAUUUAAGAAAUUUGGAUCUGUUUAUACUAGGAAACGAAAGAGGAAUAUACAACAAAAUGGAGAUAAUGUUGUCGAAAAUAAUGAUACAAAUGAUCAUUACAAAGGGUUGUUAGUUGAUUUAGUUGCAAAUGAGUUUGUGGUAUUUAGGAAAGCAAGAUCCGUUGUGAGAAGGGUUCGGAGGGUUCCAAAGGCUCUGUUUUUUAACGAGUUAGCGAAUAAAGAGGUCAAGGGUACGAUAAACGGUGUAGUGCCUGCGCCUAGUGUGAGGGAAGUAGAAGGUCAUACAGUGAAAGCAAGAUCAGUUAGGAAAAGGGUUCCAAGGGUUUUAUGUCUUAACGAGUUAGCGAAUAAAAAGGUUAAGUUUACAAUAAACGGCGUAGUGCAGGCGCCUGGUGUGAGGGAAGCAAGUCUGCUUGGGAAAAGGGUUCCGAGUGUUCCAAAGGUUCUGUGUUUUAACGAGUUAGUGAAUAGAACGGUCAAGGGUACAAUAAAUGGUGUUGUGCCGGCGCCUAGUCUGAGGGAAGUAGAAGGUUAUGCAGAACAGGAGUUUGUACCGUUUGUGCUACCGGAGGCGUAUAUUAUCUCAAGAGGUGAUGAAGUUAGUAGGGUUUUGGAAAAGGGUUAUGCGGUUUAUGAUAUGGAUUGUGAUGAUGAGAAAUGGUUGGAGAGGUUUAAUAGUGGGCAGUUUGGGGAUAAUGGGUUUGUCGCAGAAGAGACUUUUGAGAAUGUAAUUGAUGCUUUCGAAAGAGGAAACUAUUGUAAUCCAAAUGAGUAUUCUGAUGCUGCAUUAGCUGUAGAGCGUUGUCAGGUGCUGGCAUCGAAGGAAGUUUUAGAAGCUUUGUAUAGAUAUUGGAGGAAUAAAAGGAAGAAGAAACGGUCUCCACUUAUUAGAGCUUUUCAGUGUAAUAAGCGUCCAAUAGUUAAACAACAUGUGACACGUUCUGCUCAGAAUCGAUUGUGUCGAAGACCUACAAGCAUACGUUGUGCAGAAAAGGAACUUGAUCUCAAGAAAGGAAUGUUGAAUAAUCAAAAAGUAUGGGAAGAGGUUGCAAACAUGUAUAUGAAAGUGCAUGAAACACGAGAAGCGGCAAAGAGAACAGAAGAGACAGCCAUUGUUAAACGGCAACAAGCUCAAGCGCUUAUGGAGGUUGCUGACUUGGCAAUUUAUAAAGCCUUCAGUGCGCUUAGAAUUGCAGAAGCUUUAGCAGCAUCUUGUUCAGUGACUGAUACAACUAGUGCCACUUUCAGUCUGCUUGAUGAAUAAGCUCGUGUUUGUUUGUGUGCCAUAGAUCAUUAUUUUUCUGCUGUUACUGAUGGGAAGUAUGCUGCCUGAUAAUUGCUGUCAAAAAUUGGUACAGCGACUUUUGUAGAGUUAAUUGAUUUGUGUAAUGUGAUGUAUCAACUGUAAAGAAUUGCAUAACUCAUAACUGAUUGUGUACAAUU